CAGCGCGCACAGCUCGGGCCAAAGAAGCCGUCGCAUUCCUCCCUUGUGGGGAUGAGAACCUGGAAGGGGGCAAUCUUCAAACUGUGCACACCCUGUUAGGAUUUGGAUCGCUUCCCACCUGAUCUAGACCUUUCUCUCUUCGGUCUCGGGGCUUAUCGGCCUUUGCUAUCAGUGUCCGAUUCCGACUGCAUUGAGCGCAUCGCAACACAUGCCCUACGGUUGACAGGUUCUGGCAGCCAAAGUCCAGUGGUCCACGUCUAAUACCGUCCCCCGGCUGCGAUCAUGCCGCCCGCCGACAGCGACGCGGGCUCCGCGCCGGCUGGAAGCAACUCCAGCGACUUUGUGAGCACACCACCCCAACGUCGCUCAUCGACAUCCUGCCUCUGUGGCUGAACGCAGCUAACAUGUCGUUGUUCCCAGGUGCGCAAACUUUAUAAGAUGCUCGAGGAUCCCUCGUACAACUCGGUAGUACGGUGGAGCGCCGAAGGGGACAGUUUCGUGGUCCUGGAGAACGAGAAGUUCACAAAGACGAUUCUUCCCAAGCACUUCAAGCACAGCAACUUUGCGAGUUUUGUCCGCCAAUUGAACAAGUACGACUUCCACAAAGUCAGGCACAACGAAGAAAAUGGCGAGUCGCCAUAUGGGCGAGAUGCAUGGGAGUUCCGGCAUCCCGAGUUCAGGGCGGACAGGAAAGAUAAUUUGGAUAACAUCCGAAGGAAAGCUCCGGCCCCAAGAAAGGCCCCGCCGGCCGAGGAUGCUUUCCCGGCAUCGCAGCAGAUCAUCGUCCUGAGCGAAUCGCUCACGGCAACCCAACAUCAGAUUCAAGCUCUACAGGAACAGUACUACGAACUCGAAAAAACAAAUAGGCUGCUGGUCAGCGAGGUCCUGAGCUUGCAAAAGAUGGUUAGGGCCCAGAGUCAAGCGUCCAACGAGCUGAUCACCCAUCUGAACAACAUGGAAGACCGGCGGCGCAACAGCCGCCACUCGGCGCAGUCUAGCAGCCACGCCGGUCAGGCAGGCCAGAACCACCAUGCCGGGGCGAUGGGUUUCCUGCCAGAUGGGUCGGACGAGCCCGCACCGGAGCUGCGGCGGGCUAGGGAAAUCCUCAACGGCGUAUCUCCGGAUGUCCAGGCCGACAGGGAACUGGAGAGGCUGUCCAUGGCAUACAACCAGAACGGAUCCCCGGCAAAUUCUGCCGGAUCAUCCGUCAUGUUCGCGCAUCCCGGGACUACUACUACUAUGCCACUUGUCCAUGACCCCCUCAAUGAUCCCCGCCACAUGGUGUACCCUGUGGGCCAGACAACAGGUAUCGACCCCUUCCAUGCUGACCACAUCCACAACAUCCCGUACAGUCGGCCGUUGAGCAACCCCAAUGUCCCUGCGGAAGCGCCGUCACAAGCCACUCCGCCGCUUAAAGAACAGCUCGGGUCCAUGUGGCGUGGAAAGAAGCCGCACAUUCUUCUCGUCGAGGACGACAAGACAUGCGCGAGAAUUGGCUCCAAAUUCCUCACCAAUGUGGACUGUAGCGUCGACACUGCGGUGAGUGAAUCGGCGGGGUUAGGUCGCAGGAAUGAUUGCUAACGCUGGCUUUGUAGCGCGACGGUCUUGAAGCUGUGGAAAAAGUCAACCGGGACGCCGAGCGGUUCGAUCUCAUCUUCAUGGACAUCAUAAUGCCCAACCUGGACGGCGUAUCGGCCACGGCUAUGAUCCGUAU